AUGGCUUUGAACAAGUACCUCGUAUCUGCCUUGAUGGCAACUGGCAUGGCCGCCGCCGCCUCCAGUGAGUCACCAUCACGCGAUCGAGCUACACAGAUCUCCUCUCAGAGCGACGCCGAUGCCCUCCAGGGCUGCCAAAAGAUCUCGGGUGAUAUCGCUAUCCAGUCCAGCGUCCAGACUCCUCUCACCUUCAGCGGAAUCCAAUCCGUCUCUGGUAGCUUCACUGCUGCUGGCGCCACCAACAUCAGCUCCAUCUCGGCUCCAUCUCUGACCAGCAUUGGCGACGAAUUCUCCUUGAAGCAAGUGAACCAAUUGACUUCGCUCAGCUUCCCUAAGCUGACUUCCGUCGGCUCUAUCACUUUCGUCACCCUCCCGAACCUGCAGCUCUUGGGUUUCAACGAUGGAAUCAACUCCGCCGGCUCCGUCAGCAUCACCGACACUGGUCUCACUUCCCUGCAAGGCAUCGAAUUGGACUCCGUGGGCAACUUUGAUCUGACUGCCAACACCGCCCUGGUUGAAGUCAACGUCAACAACAUCAAGAACAUCUCUGGUCUGUUGACCAUCUCCAGCAACAACAACAAGUUGGUGAUUGAUUUCCCCAACUUGGUCAGUGCCCAGAACAUGUCUUUCAUGAACAGCAGCACCAUCUCGGUUCCUUCCCUUGCCAACCUCACCGGUUCCCUUGGUCUUUUCGGCAACUACAUCUCCAACUUCUCUGCCCCUAACCUGACCACUUGCGAUGAUCUUUCAUUCGACAGCAACGGUGAGCUUUCGAAGAUCAACCUGCCCAAGUUGGAAACCCUAUCUGGUGGUCUGUCUAUCUCCAACAACGGCAAGUUGGACACCAUCGAUUUGCCUGCCCUGGCCACCGUCCUUGGUGCCAUUGACGUUACCGGUUCUUUCUCCAACCUCACUCUUCCUUCCCUCAAGUAUGUGAAGGGAGGUUUCAACGCCCAGAGCACCAACAACUUCAGCUGCAGCAACUUCCAAUCAGAGGCCAACGGUGGUGACAUCAUUCACGGUACUUACAACUGCACUUCGACAGCCACCCCAACCACCAUCGAUGGUAGCUCCGGCAGCAACUCCACUUCUUCCGGCAGCUCUUCUUCCUCUGCCACUUCUAGCGGUGCCGCUGUCGGCAACAUUGUCGUUCCUACCAUGGGCUUCACUGCCGUUUUGGGUGCUCUCCUGUCUAUGUUGAUGUAA